CUAAGUAUCAAUUUUAAUUAGGUACUGUGGACAAUGUGUUUCUAAUUAUGGUUGGUAGCUAUUGUUUGGUAUGUGCUCAGGAAGGUAAAACUAAUUCUGUAAGUGCCUACUCCUCCAGACCAAAAAGUGGGUGGUCAUCCAAGGGAAUUAACAAAUCAAGCUUCAGUUACUCAGUGCUAAAGCUGUCAAAACUCACCUCUCUCCCCUGUUUGAGUGUUCAUAAACAACAGCAUUCAAGGCACUCAUGAAAAGUGGACUUAAAAGAUAAUGUGAAAUUUCUAUGUAUAUUUUGAAGCCCCCUCAUAUAAAUUUGUGUCCUCUAUGCAAAAUGCUUGGAACCAGAAUGUUUCAGAUUUUGGAAUUUUUUUAUGGGGGAAGGAUUUUGGAAUAGUUGUGCAUGUACAACAAGCUAUCUUCAGGAUGAGACCCAAGUCUAAACACAAAAUUCAUUUAUGUUUCACAUAUACGUGAUUCAUAAAGCCUGAAGGUAAUUUUAUGUAAUAUGUUUAGUGCACCUGUUUUGGCUAUGCCUGUUACAGGGCAGGUAAGCACUUUUCUACUUGUGUUGUUGGUACUCGCAAGUUUCAGAUGUUGGAGCAUUUCAGAUUUUUGGAUUAAGAAUGUUCAACCGGUAACCCAAUUGUCUCCAGUAUGGCCCUCUUAUUAGGCAUUUGUAUAAAUUGAGGAAACGGCUACAGAUAUUUGCAAAGGAAACAAGGUGCAAGGACUGUUUUCUUUAACUGGUGUACGUAUCGCAAUGCUGAUGGAGAAAGCUGUGAUGACUUUCGAUUAAAGAUCUGCUACUUCAUGAGGUACUGGAUUCUCAAGUUCCCGGCAGAGUUCAAUUUGGAUCUUGGUUUGAUUCGUAUGACUGAAGAGUUCCGAGAAGUAGCUAGUCAACUGGGAUAUGAAAAACACAUCAGCCUCAUCGAUAUAUCCAGCAUUCCUUCCUAUGACUGGAUGAGAAGAGUCACUCAGAGGAAAAAAGUAUCCAAGAAGGGAAAAGCCUGUCUGCUGUUUGACCAUCUGGAGCCCAUUGAAUUGGCUGAGCACCUCACUUUUCUGGAGCAUAAAUCUUUUAGAAGGAUCUCAUUCACUGAUUACCAAAGCUAUGUUAUCCAUGGCUGCCUGGAGAAUAACCCAACCUUGGAGAGAUCUAUUGCUUUAUUUAAUGGCAUCUCGAAGUGGGUCCAAUUGAUGGUUCUCAGCAAACCAACCCCACAGCAAAGGGCAGAAGUGAUCACAAAGUUUAUCAAUGUUGCAAAGAAGCUCCUUCAGCUCAAAAAUUUUAAUACCCUGAUGGCGGUGGUAGGAGGCCUCAGCCAUAGUUCCAUUUCACGUCUCAAAGAGACUCAUUCCCAUCUUUCUUCAGAAGUUACCAAGAACUGGAAUGAAAUGACAGAGCUGGUCUCCUCCAAUGGCAAUUACUGCAAUUACCGCAAGUCCUUUGCCGACUGCGAUGGCUUCAAAAUCCCCAUCCUUGGAGUCCACUUGAAAGACUUGAUAGCGGUCCAUGUCAUUUUCCCAGACUGGAUGGAGGAGAACAAAGUGAACAUUGUAAAAAUGCACCAGCUGUCCGUUACCCUGAGUGAACUGGUGUCCCUGCAGAAUGCCUCUCACCACUUAGAACCCAACAUGGAUUUGAUCAACCUGCUCACGCUCUCUCUGGACCUCUAUCACACAGAAGAUGAUAUUUACAAACUAUCACUGGUGCUGGAGCCUAGAAAUUCAAAAUCACAGCCUACCUCCCCGACUACACCCAACAAGCCUGUGGUACCCCUGGAGUGGGCAUCAGGAGUGAUGCCAAAGCCGGACCCCACAGUCAUCAACAAGCACAUAAGGAAAUUAGUUGAGUCUGUGUUUAGAAACUAUGAUCACGACCAUGAUGGGUACAUCUCCCAAGAGGACUUUGAAAGUAUAGCAGCCAAUUUUCCCUUUUUGGAUUCCUUCUGUGUGCUGGACAAAGAUCAAGAUGGCUUGAUCAGUAAAGACGAAAUGAUGGCUUACUUCCUGAGAGCUAAAUCCCAACUACACUGUAAAAUGGGACCAGGAUUUGUCCAUAAUUUUCAAGAGAUGACCUACCUGAAGCCAACCUUCUGUGAACACUGUGCAGGAUUUCUCUGGGGCAUAAUCAAGCAAGGAUACAAAUGCAAAGACUGUGGAGCCAAUUGUCACAAACAGUGCAAAGACCUCCUGGUUCUGGCCUGCAGGAGACUGGCCCGGGCACCCUCCUUGGGGAGUAGUCAUGGGUCACUGCCAGGAAGCCCCUCAAUACCCCCAGUGCAGGAUGAUGUAUUUGAGUUUCCUGGGGUUGCUGCUGGACAUCAGGACCUGGACAGCAGAGCCAUCACACUGGUCACAGGCUCUUCCCGCAAGAUCUCUGUGAGGUUACAGCGGGCCACCACCAGCCAGGCCACCCAGACUGAACCUGUUUGGUCGGAGGCUGGCUGGGGGGAUUCAGGAUCCCACACCUUCCCCAAAAUGAAAUCCAAGUUCCAUGACAAAGCCGCAAAGGACAAAGGUUUUGCCAAGUGGGAAAACGAGAAGCCCAGGGUACAGGCUGGAGUGGAUGUUGUUGAUCGGGGCACCGAGUUUGAACCUGACCAGGAUGAAGGCCAGGAUGAGACCAGACAGGAUGGUGAGGAUGGCUGACGUCUGGCUGAACAGACCAAGGGAAAAAUAAUGUUGGCUUUUGGGAGGAGCAACAUGAAAGUCUCUGGAAGAUACUCCAACUCAGGAAGUUAUCUGGAAAGGUGUCUGGACACUCACUGCCUUGUGACACUGUGGUAUCUCCAUGACUGGACCAUGGGACAGAGGACUGACCCCAACUAUGAACUAUUUAUUUCCUCCCCCUGACCCUGGUUAGGUGUCAUAAAGACUGGGUUAUGUAGUCUGUAGUUUUCUCAUGCAUCUUUCUCUAGAGCCAUUUAUAUACGGGUGAAAUGAAAGCUUUUGUGCAUGUACUUGAUAUUUGUUCUCUAAACUCAGACUUUGCUUUUGUGAGAAUAUUAUUUUAAUAUUUUUAUAAAUGUGUGUGAGGGGGGUUGGUGUUUAACAAGGAGUUGCUUUAGAGGUCUUUUUGUGUGCUUUUUGGGUGGGACUAGGACUUCACCAGACUUCAUCAUUUCCUGAGGGACAAGGAAGCUCUUCAGAUCCUGGAUGGUUCUUAAUAAUGACCACUUACAAGGAGAAGCUGUUUAUGUAGUUCCUACCAUACAGUUGCUAUGGUGUAUAACAAAUCACUCAUGUACAUAUCACAUAAGUCUUACUAAUUCUGCAUCAGAGGAAGCUAUGACAAGCCAUGAGAGCUCUUUUAGUAUUUAGAACCAUGGAGAAAACUAAGUAUACUUGCCCUGUCUGGGUCCACUCAUAUUUUGUAAGAUUCCUGAAAUAGGAGCAGCAAUUAAGAAAUCAACUUAAAUUUAGGGGAAUCAAAAUUUAGCAGAAAAACAAGCCAUUGAAUAAGCUGUGAGGCAAAAUUCAAAGCAAUUACCAAAUUUUGAAAACCAAAAUAAUUUUAAGAAUUAAAAAUAAAAACCCUUUCAGCUGUGAAAGAGAACUCUUGUACUGUUUUGAAGAAACUGCCUUCCAUAAUUAAUGUUAAUUCAAUGAAAAUCAUCACAAAUAACCUUUGACUAACAUUUCAUUUAAAUUGCAUUCUAUUACUAUUUUAAAUACCUUUCUUUGAAUUCAAAUAAUGAGAUGUUGAUCUAUUUAUUACAUGAUUAGAGGAGAGAAAACUUGAUUUAAAAUGUUUAAAAAAGAGAGGUAGGAUUAUACCUUUUACUGAAGGGAAAGAGCUGAUACCAAGUGAAUAGCCACAGUUACACUAGUCCAUAAUUGGAGCUAAGUGUGGAUAUGUCAUGUAAAACUGAAUUCACUUCUACUUGGAGCACUGCUUCAGCUAAACCCUUAUUAUCCCUUUUCUCCUUGGAGGACAACUGAGGGCAGUUCUGCUUUGUUGAGUGUCUUUUGUGGGCAGAUCCAAGGCUAAGCUGCACAAAGAUAAGCAAGACUUGGCCCUUGGGAACAGAGAACACAUGAGUGUGGAAGCAAGAUAGUUCCAGUGAUUGGAUAUAUGGUUUCAAAUUUUCUAGAAUGUAUUUAUUGUUCCUAACAGAUAUAGAAGUUAGGAAUACUAAUUAAAUGAAGCUCAUAAUUGAGGGAGUAUGAUUAAGGUAGAUAAUAAGAGAACUCAGCAUUUGCAAAUGCUGCAGUGGGCAAAUAGCCAUCUCUCACCCAACAUUGUCUUCUUAUUACAGGUUGAACAAGACUUGGCUCCCACAUUCAUGGAGAUGUUUAAACCUCAAAGUCUUAUGUUAACAGUUGAUGGGUUAAGGAUAGAGACUUGAUCUAAUUCUGGCAUCUGAGAGUUGGGCCAGGUGGAGGUCUUUAGCUCAUUGUAGGCUUGCCCUCAGAAGGUAGUUCUCAUUAGGCAGUUGGACACACAGGCUGAGCAUGCAUCCUGUGUGUUGCUCUGCUUGCUGGCUGUCCAUGUGGUUGUUCCUCCAGAUACACUCAGCCAUUGCCAGCCUCUAACAGAUGCCCGACAACUGGGGUUGCUUGAGCUUUGACUAUGAAUCUCCAAACUAUAAGCUGAAAUAAACCUUCUUCCUUACUUAGUGGCUGUCUCAGAUGUUUACACUAAAGUAACAAAAAGCUAAUAUACUACUCUUGCUCAUAAAUGUAAAGAAAUACAGGAUAACAGAAUCCAAAAUAGGAAAUGAGAACUCAAGUACAGGAAAUAUUUCUUGUGUUUUAGAAGAGUUGAAAAUUCAGGAAGAAACUUGUUAAUAAAUGUUCGUUUUCUUCUCAAAUGAAUUAUUUUCCUUGAUAUUCAGUUUGGAUAUUUUUGAGUUUUCAUAUAUAGAAAGAGUAUUGUCAUGCCAGUCUUCCUGUGACAAUACAAAAAAUACAGACUUUUUGCUCUCUGAGCACUUCCAUGGCAGCUGGCAAGAGCCAAAGGUGGCAAAAAGUGCAUCCAGAGGAAGGUGGUUGGUCUGUUUUCUAAGAAACAUUGGUCUGAUGUGAAAGCACCUGGUAUGUUGAACAUAAGAAAUACUGCUGAAAAUAAGAAAUAUGUACAAGGACUCAAGGAUUCAAAAUUGCAGCUGAUGAUUUCAAGUGUCAUGUGUUUAAGUGUGCCUUGCUGACCUGCAGAACGAUGAAAAAGCAUUUAGAAAAAUCAAGCUAAUUACUGAGGAUGUUUGGGGCAAAAAUAGCUUCCGUGGCAUGGAUAUUACUUGUGUAAGACUAAAUGUGUUUCAUGGUCAAAAAAUGGCAGACUGUGACUGAAGCCCAUGUUGAUGUCAAAACUACUGACAGUUAUUUGCUUCAUCUGUUCUGUGCUGGUUUUACUAAAAAAAUGAAGAAAAAAGCAACAAUCAGGUAUGGAAGACAUCUCACGCUCUGCACCAACAGGUACGCCAACUCCAGAAGGUGAUGAAAAUCACAACCUCAGGGUUGCCAACAAAUGACUUGAAAGAAGUGAUCAAUAAACUGAUCCUAGACAGCACUGGAAAAGACAGAGAAAAGGCUUGCCUAUCUCUUUAUCCUCUCAUGAUGUCUUGUUAGAAAAGUAAAAAUGCUGAAGCAGCCCAGGUUUGAAUUGGGUAGACUCAUGGAUCUUCAUGGUGAAGGUAGUAGUUCUGGAAAAGCCACAGGGGAUGUGACAGAUGCUUAAGCUGUGUGAGUUGAUGGAUAUGAACCACCAAUCCAAGAGUCUGUUUAAAACUUAAGACUUUAUUAGUGGCAAAUAAAAAGCCCUAUUUAUGGAGGGGGGGGACCUAUUUACCUAUGUAUGUAAACUAUACCUGUGUGUCAGUGUAUACACCUAUAUACAUUACUUUGUUGAAGAGGAAUUUGAGCAAUAAUGAAGCUGCUUUAUAAUUCUGAUUAUCUAUACUUGCAACCAAUGGUUUCCAAUCUAUCACUUACCCAUAAUCAGUAAAAUAAACAAAAUAUGCAAGCCCAUGAUGGAGAAAAAGAACUAUUAUGGUUGGUUGCUCCAGACCUUCAUUUUGUAGGUCUGAUGUUCAGCGCUGCCUUUAAAGUGAAAAGUAGGGGUGGGUGUGUGUCCUACAUAGAUAUUCUUAGGUUUGACUCCUGACUGUGGCUCCUGUCUCCAGCUUUCCACCUAUGAAGAUGGUGCAAGGCAUCAACGGAUGGUUGAAGUGUUUGGGUCCUUAAGCUUCUUUUCUUCAUUUGAAAGAGAUUCCACCACCAUUAUUAACUACCUUUUUUAACUGCCUAGACUGUUGUAAAGAUCAGCACAGAUAAUAUAUGUAAAAGUACUCUGUAAAGAGCUUCUAAGUUAGUAUUAUUUUGAAAUUAACCAAAGUUCUUUUCAAAACUUAUCUCAAGAUUCCCAGAUUUUCUAUGUAUUAUAUACUUUGGAGGCCCUAACUCCAGUAUUUAACUAAAUAUUGUGUCAAAAAUUAUUUAAACAAGGUAUAAGUGAAAGAACUUUUCUUAUUCUUGACAUUAAGCAUUUAUAGGAUUAGUUCUGCUUUUCUUCUAAUGUUGGUUAUUCUUUGCUUAUUUGAAAAUAGGUAGGUGAGAUUAAGAUCAAAUGGGCCAACUAAGGUAAUUUUAGAGAAAAAUCCAUGUGUUGGGUACAUGUAAAUAGGCCAAAACAUAGGUAGGCUUAAAAGGCUAGUUUGAAAAAAAAUUACCACAAGGAGACGAGGAAAGAAAAAAAUGACUUUUAAAAUAGAAAGUAGUCUGUAAAAAAAUAAAAUAAAAAGUAUACCAUUCAUUUGAUAGCCAAAAUGUAGUUUAACACAAUUGAAGGUAAGUAUAGAAAACAACUUGGCAUUUAAGGCUUAUCAGGAAAUAGCUUCCUCCUAGCUGCAUUCAAAUCCUGCUGGUUGAAGUGUAGAGUGUGCUCAGAUCUCAAACAAAAACACUCACCUUAUCUUUUUGAGUGUUACCAGCAAUCAUGUUGGAAUAAACAUCCUCUGAGAAUUUAAGUAGCAUGUGCACUGUCCAUAGGAGCAUAAGGGAAGAGUCACAUGGGGGCAUUUCAUAAGGCAAAUGACCUGAAUACUCUAAGAAUAAAAACAGAAAGAAGAGGAGGUAGUUCUCCAUCAAAUGAGAUCUAAUGAAAUGAAACAACCAAAAGUGAUGUUAUGAAUCUUGAUUGGAAACUAUGUCAAAAAUUAAAUAAAGAGACAUUUUGGGGAAAUUGGGGGACGUUAAAAUGUGGACUGUAUGUUCAAUUAAAUGAUAUCCUGAAUGAAUGUUAA